GCUCCUCCUCCGCCUCCCCCUCUCCCUCCCCUUCCUCCUCCUCCUCCUCCUCCUCCAUUCAACUCUUUCUCCAAAAACAUUCCUUUUUCCCUCUCUCUCUCUCUCUCUCUCUCUCUCUCUCUCUAUAUCUUUCUCUGAAACCAUUCAAAGCUCCCACCUUUCUCUCUCUUCUCUUCUCUUCUCUCUCUCUCACACACACACUUCUCCUCUGGUGAGCCCUGCUUGCGCUGUUCCUUUCAGACCCCAUCGCCUGCUCCCUUUUUGACUCUGGGGAUUAGGAAAAAGGAGGAUUUUUUUUCUCUUUCUUUUUGUUGGUGUGGGGGGGUUUGUAUUGUUUCUCUGAGGAUUUGGUCAUCUGGGUCUCCCCUGUUUCUUCUCCUUCUCCUUCUUUUUACACAUCUUGUUUGAGUUAAGGAGAGGAAGAGGAAGGGGAAGAGGAAGAGGAGGAAGAAGAUGACUGUGGAGGAGAUUAAGGUGAAGGGGGAAGGCGCCGGAGACCAGUUUCCGGUGGGCAUGCGCGUGCUCGCCGUCGACGACGAUCCCACCUGCCUCAAAUUGCUCGAGACCCUCCUCAUCAGAUGCAAAUACCAUGUUACAACAACUAGCCAAGCAAUCACUGCCCUGAAGCUGCUGCGCGAGAACAAGGACCGAUUCGAUCUGGUCAUCAGCGACGUCCACAUGCCCGACAUGGACGGUUUCAAGCUCCUCGAGCUCGUCGGCCUCGAAAUGGACCUCCCAGUGAUUAUGCUGUCCGGAAACGGCGAGACGCAGGCCGUGAUGAAGGGCAUAACGCACGGAGCUUGCGAUUACUUGUUGAAGCCCGUGCGGAUCGAGGAGCUAAGGAACAUAUGGCAGCACGUUGUUAGGAGGCGGAAGUUCGAUGGGCGAAGCCAGAGUAAUCUUGAGAACGGGGGGGAGGACGGUCAGAAGAGUAGCCAGAUCAAUCACGAAGGUGAGCAGGGUGCGGUCGACCGCAACGGGAAGCUGAAGAAGAAGAGGAAGGAGCAGAACGGAGAGGAGGAGGAGGAUUCUGACGAGAACCCGCGCGAGAAUGAGGACCCCUCGGCCCAGAAGAAGCCGAGGGUUGUUUGGUCGGUCGAGCUGCACCGCAAGUUCGUUGCCGCUGUUAAUCAGUUGGGAAUCGACAAGGCUGUUCCUAAGCGGAUUCUCGAUCUUAUGAAGGUCGAGAAGCUCACUAGAGAGAAUGUCGCAAGCCAUCUGCAGAAGUAUAGGCUCUACCUUAAGAGGCUAAGUGCUGUAACAAGCCAACAAGCUAACAUCGCCGCGGCUUUGGGAGGACGGAACCCGUCAUUUAUCCACAUGAGCUCAUUGGAAAGCUUCAGAAACUACCAUUCACUCGGAAGCACUCGGCAUCUCCCGUCAGUCGCUUCCUGCCAAGCAAAUGGGCUUCUCGGCCGGAUGAACACGCCAACUGCGUUCGGAGUGCACGGUUUGCUUCCCUCUCAGGCGGUUCAACAGAUCGCUCGAACGCAAAACAACCCAAGCAAUCACACUAAGGAUUUGGAGAAAAUCCAAGCCGCUUAUCCGCAAGGAGUUCAUCAAGGGAAUUUGUUUCAAGGGUUUCAAGAAUCAAACAAGCUUUUCUCCGCCGGUUUCAACGGUGGUGGAUUAGCUAAUGGUUCUUGCGGCGACGCUUACGCGAACGCCGCGAACGGUUCAAUGCUAGUGCAAGCGAAUAAGAUCCCGACGCAGAAUGGAGUGUUGGGCAACUCUCCUUCUUUCAGAACUCGCGUCGGAGAGGCAGCCCAGUUUCCCGAUCUUUCGCGAUGCGACAAUACUUGGCAAAGCGUCGUUUCGUCAAAGUAUCCAGCCGCCACUUUGCCAGUCAACGACUCAUUUAAUCACAACAACGAUCUAACUCCGUGUAGCAUCGGAGACAGUAUUGCUCCGAUGCCCUCGCACAUAGAAGGUGCCGUUCUCUGUGAAUCUCCGAGCAAUUUGGAGGCGGCAGUUAAUCGUAAUCCGGUGAUUGGAAGUGAUUUACGGAAUCCUAAUCCCAUUUCUUCACUUGGUGGGAGUGCGAUGCCAAUUUCAAGCCUCGGUGAAGACCCAACGACCACUUCCUUUGACUUCAGAAGCAUGUCGAAUGCGAAUCCGAGACUGGAUCAUACCGCUAAUGCAAGUACUUCUUCCUUGAGCUCCAUAUUGCCGAAUCUUCAAAUAAAUGAUCCUACUGCCCAGAAGCAGGGCUUUUGUAGCAAGCAGAUGGAUGCGAGUUUGAUAGGAGAAGCAAAUUUUGGCGCUCCGAUCCUGACGCACGAUUGGAGGAUCGACAGUAGAUCAUCUAACAGAGAUCAAAUUCAGGGCAAGGACGAUUACGCUUCGGGAAUGACCAAGUUGCAGAAUGGCCUUAGUCGCAGCAUUGACGAUAUUGUUAGCGCCAUGCUUAAAUCGGACCGCGACGAGUUUACUGCUUUCGUGGAUGGGGACAUGGGAUAUGACCUCUAUACUCUUAGUACUUGAUGAGCCGAAUCGCGAUGAAGAAAAAAAAAAAAGCUCGUUGUAUUGAUUUGCGUAGGAUUCACAAUUCCAGUCGCGAAGUUUGUAUUUAUUAAUGCCCAUUUCCUCUAUUGACUUUGUUAUUCUUCUUUUUUCUAGCAAACAAUCAUCUAGGUGAGUGUAGCAUAGGAAAUUAUGAGUUGGGAAUGUUUGGAGUUUUGUAUUAUACAAAAUAUGCUUUUAAACUAAAUGAUGCUAUGGAUGGUAUUUAUUCAA